UGAAAAAUAUCUGUCAACAUCGUCUUUUUUUGCACAUAAGCAAAAAAAUUUGUGUUUCUCUUCUUUUUUACAAAAGAAAAAAUCCACCUCUUGGAUAAAUUACAAUAUAAAAAGAUAAUAAAAAAAACACAUCUCAUUUCAAUAAAAACCUAUCUAUCAACUGCCUCACUAAAAAUUCAAAGUAGAUAAAAAACAAGUGCAAUCACCUGUGUUCUUCCCAUCGCAUAAAAAUUACCCAACCGAACCGAAAAAAAAAAACAGAAAUACAAUUAAACCAACCAACCCUCUUUUAUAGUUUCCACCGAAAUUUGCCGACCAAACGACGACAAUUGUUGGCUCUUUAUCACCUUUUUUUUUCCUCCAAGUUCUAUGCAAAUUUUUUCCUAAUUAAUUGACUCUCGAAAAGAAGGCAGGAAAAACCGAUAACAUUUUGUAAAGGAUCGCGGGUGGGUGUGAAAAAACGACGGAAGAAACGAAAACUAAUCGCGGUCGGUGGAGGCAUGUUGCAGUGCUCCUCCUGUUGAGUCAUUCAUAUUUCAUAUAUUCAACAACCAACAAAAACCCUCUUAAUCGUCAAACGACGACGACGAACGACGUUGACGUUAAAAAAACAAAAAAAAGUUUCAUAAAAUUUAGUUUAGUUGUACGUAAGCUUAAGAUUGAUUUAGUUUUGUUCCACUUGGAUUGUUCCUUGGUAUCAAUAAAUAAUUUAGUUUUUGUAUUCAAUUGGAAUUGUAUUAUUAUUGUUAAAUAAUUUGUUAUUAUUGUUGUGCUGGCUUUGCAACAGCAAAUAGGCAAAAUGUUUGCAUCGCUAAAAAACAAAAUAAAAGAAGAAACUGGAUCGGAUGUGGCCGCCGCAACCGUUGCUGGUGGUCGCGGCAUAUCGAAUAACAAUAAUCGCAUGCGUAGUCGAUUGUCGUCGACAAUCAGUGUGAAUUCAAUGGACGAUGCGGCUUCGCUGGCAUCUCAGCAGGGUGCCCACGGGACCGAUCAUAUUGAAGUACACACCCUACGCAGCCAAUGCAAUGAUUUAUCAACUAAAGUCACCGAUCUCACCCAAAGACUGCAAUCACUCCAAGAAGAGAAAAAUCGUAUUGAAAAAACAAAUGCCACUCUAAUGGAAUCGGUUAAAUUAGCCCAAACCCAAAAAGAUCUCCACUCCGAAGAGCAAGAAAAAAUUCAAAACAUUCAACAAGUUGAAAUUGAAAAACUUAAAAGUCUUUUAUCGUUUCGUGAACAAGAAGCUGUCGAUCGUUUGGCAGCAAUGAAACAAAAUCAACAGCAAAUUGAAAAUCUAACUGGUGAACUAGAACGUUUAAAGAUGCUUGAACCAAUGGUUGAAGAUUUACAGGAUGAGCUAGAACGGUUCAGACAUUCCGCACAAUUAGGCAAAAAUAAUCUUACCACAACUUUAGCUGCGGUAGAAGAAGAGAAUCGUCAUCUUAAAGUGCGCCUUCAAAUUGUGGAUCAAGCUAGAAUGGAUACAAUAUUAUCCUUAGGUUCUGAUGAAAAGAUACAAGCUCUUGUUCAAGAGCGAAAGCUCCUCGAACAACACUUGGAAGAAGCCCACCUACAGUUAUCGGAUAUUAAAAGCUCCUGGAGUGGUCAAAAUCUUGCACUAGAAACGCAAGUUAGUCGCUUAUCUAAGCAAGUUGCUGAAGAAACGACUGAAAAAAGAAAAGCUCUUAAAGCUCGAGAUGACUAUGGAGAGAAAGUCAAACACCUAGAAUUUGAAAUGGAAAAACUUAAAGAUGAUCUUCAGCAGAGGGACACCAAGAUAAAACUCCUCGAAGAAGAAAUCGAUGAGUUAAACUUGGCCCUCAAAGAAAGCCGUGAGGAGGGUGAACAAGAAAUUCUGUGUGUGCAUAAUAAACUUGAAAACCUUGAACAAGAGAAACUCGAACUUAAAACCCGCCUCGCAGCCGCCGAAGAACGUUUUACCGAAUAUGCUGAUAAUUCUGAACAGAUUACCCAAACACUUCGUCAACAAAACUCCCAACUACAAGAACAAUUAACCGAAAUCUUAAAUUGCCUUGAAAUGGAAAAAGAAGAAAAACUAACUGCCCUCUUACGUAACGCUGAGAUAUCUCAAAGUGAAGAGAUUUUGAAAAAAGAACUACGCAUGGAACGCGAUGAGACAAAUGAACUUCAAGAAAAAACCGAAGAGCUGCAAUUGGAAAUGAAAGAGAAAAAUCUAGAAAUUUCAAAACUCAAAAUCGAAGUUAGCGAACUACAAUCUGUGAUCCAAAGACAAGAAGAGAAACUAACGCAUAUCGAUGAUAUAAAUACGGAACUAAGUGAAAAAAAUAAAACGAUAAAAAAUCUUAAUCAACGGUUAACUGAUAUUAAGAAGACAGUUCAGAGGGAAAUGCGUGGAAGUAGUAGUAGCACUAAGUCCUUUGACAAUGGCAAUUCAUUCGAUUCCAUAACCGGAAAUGGUGUUUGUCCUUAUUCUACAACGACCCAAGACGGUGGAAUUGUCAUGGAUGAAGUUAAUUUCAAAUAUUUGAAGCAUGUGAUUGUAAAAUUUUUAACUAGCAGAGAGGUUGAAGCACGACAUUUGAUUCGAGCAGUAGCGACACUUCUUAAAUUAAGUAAAGAAGAAGAGAAGCUUCUCAAUGACACACUUAAUUGGAAAAUGAGCUGGUUUGGCUCGAAACCCGAUCAUGGAACUGGCCAAAGGGCCUUCUCGAUACCACCAAGUUAAUAUUAAACACAAUGUUUAAAUAAUUAUUUUUCCUAUAAACAUUAUGUUUUAUUUUUUUCCUUGAAUACACAAAAGUGUGUAUUUUUGUGUAUUCAAAUAUGUAUCGAUAUUUACAUUUAAUAAAAGAAAAAAAAAAAAGAAGCAGCUUUACUUUUCCAUAUUUUACACACAAAAAAAAAUAUUUAAAAUUUAUAUUAAACAGAAAAUCAAAUUAAUUCAACCAACCCCACAUUUGUAUAAAGUUGUAUGAGAAAUUAUUAUCGAAUAUUACAAUUAUUGUUCUUAUAAAGCAUUUGAUAUAUAAAAUUAUAAAUUUGAAUUGCGUUUAAUUUAGUAGUUGACAAUAAAAAAAAAAAAUAAAUAAAUAAAUCACACUUACAAUUUGACCAAAAAAAAAAAAGAAAUUAAAAUUAUUUAAAACAAAAAUAUUAAUAAAACACAAUAGACACACACUACCAUAUCUGACUUUGAAAAAAAAGAUACAAAUAAUAAAGAUAUUAUCAGACCUUCAUAUUUAAUACAAAAUUUAUUAAAUAGCAUUUAUUCGAAAAUAGUCAAAAAAAUAAAUAAACAAAAAUUAAUAGAAAAAAAAAUUACCAAAAUCUAUAGUCAAAUUUCAAUAAAGUUACAAAAAAUUAAUUAACAACAUUCCAAUUC